CAACAUGGCCGUUAACCCUCUGCUUUCUGAACAGACACUGAGAGCGUCAAGCUCCGCCCUUAGUGCUGAUUGGUGGCAAUGGGAUAACCAAAAACCAAAUCACUGACGUCACCUUAACCGGACAAGACGCCUGCAUACAAACACUAGAGAGGAUAACUGUAUUUAGUACAGCUGUCUUUAGUGCAGGGGGGUCGGCGGCCAUUUUAUUGUGGUUCAGAGCAGGAGGGAAGGGAGUGGGACAAGAAUGGAUGGAACACAGCUCCUCUCCUACAGCUCCCAUCUAUCCCCGGGUAAUUAGAGAGGGGUAUUGCUGUAUGUUCCAGACCUGUCUCCUGUUACAGGGCCUGAGCUCUUUCCUGGGAGAGUAUCGCCUCAGCUGACGUCUCCUCAUGAUCAUUCUCCUCCACAAGAUCCAGAGUACACUCUCCAACAUAUAAAGUGACCAUGGACACAGACAGGGACGAGGUUACUGAGAGGAUAUUAAAUCUCACCCUGGAGAUCAUCUACCUGCUGACUGGGGAGGAUUACAUUGUUGUGAAGAGGUCUGAGAGCAUAAAAUCCAGAAGCUGUUCCCGUUUGCCUGGAAGACUGAACAGGACCCAGAGCCCCAUCCCGGUGCCUCCACCUCACUCACAGAAACAUGAGAGACACAAUGACCAGAAGAUCCUGAAAGUCACCAGCAAGAUCAUUCAGCUGCUGACUGGAGAGGAGUGGGAUUAUUUAGAUGAACACAAGGGUCUGUAUAAGGAGAUGAUGAUGGAGAAUCUCUGGCCCCUCACAUCACUGGAUGGGGCCAGUAACAGGAAUACCCCAGAGAGAUGUCCCCGUCCUCUUUAUUCCCAGGAUGAUAGAGAGGAAAAUACAGAUUAUAAGGCUGGAGACCUCAUUGUUAUUAAAGUUGAAAAUGAGGAAGAAGAGAUGUGUGAUCAGCAGUGUAAAGAGGAGGCAGAAAGCCCUACAUUUAUCAGCACAGAUGGACACCGCAGUAGGAGUGCCUCAGAGGAACCUCUCCCUUUAUCUCCUGACUGUAAAACAGAGGAGGACGAACUCUCGCAGGAUUCCCCAGGAGAAAACCCCUUUCCCCCAAAUGUACAUCCAGUAUCUCACGGUGCAGAUGUAUCAUCGGACAACUCUAAUCCGGAGGAGUGUUUCCCGAAUGACUCAGAUACCGUCACCCACAGCAUACCCCACAGAGCAGAUAAAAUAUUUCCAUGUUACGAGUGUGGGAAGUGUUUUACCCAGAAUGCAAAUCUCAUCAUACACCAGAGAACUCACACUGGCGAGAAGCCGUUUUCCUGCUCCGAGUGCGGGAAAUGUUUUACCAGGAAGUCGAUUCUCGUCGGCCACGAGAAAACGCACAGGGGCGAGAAGCCGUUCCCCUGUUCCGAGUGCGGAAAAUGUUUUACAAAAAAGUCUGACCUGGUUAGACAUCAGCGGAUCCACACUGGCGAGAAGCCGUUUUCCUGCCCUCAAUGUGCCAAGUGCUUCACACAGAAGUCCCACCUGGCAGAGCACCAGAUCAUCCACACCGGCGAGAAGCCCUAUGCCUGCUCCGAGUGCGGGAAAUGUUUUACGCAGAAGUCGCACCUGUUGGACCACCAGAGAGUACACACCGGGGAGAAGCCAUUUUCUUGUUCGGAGUGCGGGAAAUGUUUCACUCUGAAAGCCAUUCUCGUGGAGCACCAGAGAAUUCACACGGGGGAGAAGCCCUUCUGGUGCUCCGAGUGUGGGAAGUAUUUUACGCAGAGAUCGAUUCUCGUUAAGCAUCAGAGGGUCCACUCUGCCGAGAAGAGCAGUAAGGGUUCGGAGGGUGGGAACUUCUUCCCUCAAAAUGUGCACUUACCGGCGUACAUGAAGGAGCAUUACCUGUCAUUCUUCCCCUUCUCAUCGCUCUACGGAAUUCCCAGCGAUGAUACCCCCGGGUUUUUUGGCAUGGGUGACGGUGUAACUAUGGCGUCCGCUAUACUAGAAUAAUGUUGUGUUUAGGAACAAGUAUGCCUGGGACUGGUUCUACAGGUUUUCUGGCCGAUGCAACUAAGCCAAAGUCUGUCCGUCUGCUAAUACCGGCAAAGGCGGAGGGGCGAUAGGCUUUCAGUUGUGGUCGUCGUGUCCAGUUUUCACCUUUUGGGGGGCAGAUAUACUGUAUAAGAUGCAGAAAAAUAACAUUGACAUUCCCUUGGUAUCACUCACCUGAAUUUCCAGACCUGGUUACAAAGACUUGUAAUAGGCUACAACAGUGGUCCCUACACUUUCUUGAAUCAUGGCCCCCUAGAGUUUUCCAAGGUGAAAGGGGGUUGGUUUUAAAUUAUUGCCCCUUUUAAGUUCCCUGAAAUCAUGCAGCUGCCUGCAGCACGCAGGCUGUUAUACACGGUCGAGUCACAUUAUUACAACCACCUCCUACAUAUGACGUCGGCGGCGCGUAGCCCAUGAAGUACGUCACGUGUCGUGCGCUGGCUUGGUGGGUAUAUAAGGUGUGCUAUAGGCCGUCUGCACACAUAUCACUCGUUGCUGUCAUGGGUAAAUGGGGCGACUCAGAGUUGCAGAAAGGGAUGAUUAUCGGCUUUCGGGCCAAGGGUGGCGGUAUCUCUGAUACAGCGCAUUGUGUGACUUGUUCGCGUGCUGCUGUGGUGAAGUUGUAUCGUGACUGGACAGAUGGCACCACUGUGAAUAACUGAUGUGGACACUGCGGAGCACCACGUGACAGUGAUGUGAGAGGUGAACGUCGGCUACGAAGGUGCGUGAGGGCCGACCGAUACGCUACAGUGAAGCAGCUCACCGUCAUAUGAACCAGACGUGUGUCUAAAACGACAGUUCAGCCCGUCUAGGUGCUGUCUCUGCUGCACACGGCGGUUACUCUGGCUAUUAGCUGGUGGUCAUUAUAAUGCGACUUGACUGUAUAUACCCUGUAGUACACAUUUUAGAAUCCUUUUGUUACAUUGUAUGCUCUGCAAUAAGUAUACUCUUACUGAAGUAUUGGGGCAGACGUAUUGAGUCUGGAGACUGGAUAAAGCAGUGAUAAGUGCAAGUUGAAAAAUGCAACAGCCAAUCAGCUCCAAUAUGACAAUUGACAGGAGCUGAUUGGCUGGUGCGUUAUCACCUUGCAUUUAUCACCGCUUUAUCACUUCUUUAGACCUUCUCCAGGCGUAAUACAUCUGCCCCAUUGUUUGUAAGAACGUCUUCUAUUAUGGAGGCAUCAGUAGAGCUAGACCCACAUUUCUGUAAUACGGGACCUGCAAUAUUUGCCAUGCGUAAGUCUAUUGAGUAAAGACACUGUA